UUCAGCAGCGGAACAGCAGAUGUCACUAAAACCAAAUUACACUUCAGAUAACGAUAUAUAUGUUGAUUGAUUGAUUUAUAAGCAUCUAUACUUCCACACAGGCGUGUCACGUGUUAGAUUAUUUAAUAUCCUGCGUUUAUUCUGAGGAGGUUUAAAGUGACAGUGUUUAUUUCAGCCCUGUGUCUCGGCAUGUCUCGCGGAAGCGUCAUUACAGGGAUUCUUUAAAUGACAGCUGCUGCAGCAUCAUGGCUCCUAAAGACCCUCUGCUCGGCACUCUGAAAGUGUGUGUGUUGAGCCUUCAGUCAGAGGGGGGGCUGGUGACGGACAGCAGCCCCCACCUGGCCUCCUGCUGUGAGCUGCUGGAGCUGCUGCUGAGGAAGGGGCUGCAGCAGCCGGUGCUCAGCCUCGUGCACAGAGACUACUGGCACUGCUUCGAGCAGCUGAACCACAAAGACGCCUGCGGCAGACUCUCCUCCCUCUCCCUGGUCCUGGAGCAGACCAGAGUCUGCAGGAAGCUGCUCUCGGCUCAGGGACGAGGACGCUUCCUGCUCCGCCUCGCGCUGCAUCGCAGGGUCCUCCCUCAGCUGCUCACACACCUGCUGCACACCCCCCGGGUCCUGGAGUGGUACAGUCCGGAAGUGUCCAUCCUCAGGAACGAGGCGUUUUUAGAGCCGUUCAUGUCUCUGCUGCUCGUCCUCGCAAACAUGGACUUCAAACUGGACAUGGAGAACUGCAGUUUUCUGGACGAGAGCUGGAUCCUACCGGUGUGUGAGAAGUAUGAAGUGGUGCCGUGUCGGGAGGUCGGCCUCGUGCUCAGGUAUCUGAGCGGACGCGUCUUCGUCCUCGAUCUGACGCCGGGCGGUCAGGCGCACGCCGACAACUUCAUCCGUCCUGGAGACAUUAUAGACGAGAUCAACGGGACCUCGCUGAGGAACUCAAAGAACGGACAGGCGGGCGUGGUUCUGUCCCGUCUGAAGGGUCUCCCUCUCUCCAUCGGGGUUCUGCGCUGGAGGGCCGGCGACGGGACGGUGUUUCGGCCCCUCGUCAAACUCCUGAGGAACCUGAAGACGGAGAACCCUUCUCUGCAGCUGGGACCUCAGACAGAACCACACACAGAACCAGAGGAGCAGAACCCCUCGCAGUGCCUCAAAGACGGGAGGAUUGUGUACAUUGUGCAGUUCUUGGGAAAAGCCAACAUCGGCAUGCACGGGGGGAAGGAGGUCCUGCAGCACGCCAUCACACAAGUGCUGCAGAAAGACCAGCAGAGCAAGGAAGUGCUCUUAGACCUGAAGGAAACACACCUGACGUGCACGGACAGAGACAGUAAACAGGAGCUGUUAGAGCAUCACUAUCCAGAGAUCUCCUGUGUGGGCAGAUACGGUCAGCCGGACUACACCGUAUUCGCUUUCUGCGUGGCAGACUCCCCAGAAACCCCCCUGUCGACGGGCUUCUGCUGCGUGGCGUUCAGGGCCCAGAGCAUCAGGGAGUGUGAGGACAUGGUGUGCCGAAUAGCGACUGGUUUCAAACACACCGAGUGGUUUGUAUGACAGCUCCUACCUCAUAUUUAACAUGUUGUAAAUAAAAGUAAUAUGUAUAAAAACACACUUCUUAUUGACUGAAACCCACACAACACCAGGCGUUCUACUCAUAAAGACCUUUAAUAGAAAGACAUGCGACAACACUUUCAUAAAUAGUAUUAAAUGUAGCUGCCGAGAUUUGAUGUUGGAAAAACACUUAAAAAGCAGUCCAGAGAAGAAGAAGGGGGGGGGGGGGGAGGGUCUGUCGUGCUCACAUAGGGACACACUGGUGUUUGAUGGAGAGACCCUGAACCCCCCCCCAUGGAAGAAGAUGUUCCCCCGGCCUCAGAGCGGGAGCCUGAAGCCCACAGAGGACCGAGAGAUGGCGGUGAAACGCAGAAAUGAUCCAUUAGUCUAAAUGCCAGCAGUGAACCAGGAAAUGGUGAAGAAGUCAUGUUAGAAAUGUACAGAACGGGUCACCAGCACAUCGAACAUGCCAGAUAAUAACUUGCUUAUGCAGACGAUGGCAAAACAGUCGGCCGAUUGGGACAAUUUGAGGUUGCUGGGCGUAUUCUGGAUCCAUUUCCGACACAUUUUGAAUCCAAGCGUGGCAUUUGAGUCCCUUAAAAGUGACCCAAAAACAAACCACGUUCUGCCAUUUUUUUUAUCCUCUCCAAACCAGCCAAGCCAUUUUUAAACUAUUGUCUGCAUAUGUCAAUUAACGCCAAUUGCCCGACAUAUGAAAGUUAGCAUCCGGUAGUUUCUAGGUGCUGGAGAGCCGUAUGACUCUGAGCUGGCAAACAGACUACAUGAUGGAAGAGGUGAAAACACUCCUACUGCACAACACGUCUCCAACUAUCCUAAGAGAACUCGUGGAAUGAUUUCUUGAAUUGUCACGAAUCUAAAUACAAAAAUGUCAACCUUGUAAAAAAAAAAA